AGCAACAUUAAUGCGGCAUCAAUGGUCCAGCACAGAAGCACUUUUGUUCGCAGCUUGAAAAUUUGGGGUCUUGACCUAUAAUUCCAUGUUAAUGUGACCAGAACUCACAGGUAUGUCGAUUUUGUGUAUUUUUGAGUAGAACGUGGUGGUUUGUCGGUUAUAUUAAGAUAGCUUCGGUCGUUUAGGGUUUUUAAAUGCCAGAUAUUUGUAUCAGGGAAACACUUCAAUUACUUGAGAUACAAACCCAACGUCUGCAGUUGAAUUUAAAUUUGCGGUUUAAAAUUUGAUUUUUUUCGCUGGAUCUAGUUUACAGAUAGUGAUACUUUGCUGGUUGGAUUUACAGUAAAAUCAAAUAAGCUAAGUUGGUCGCAGACAUGUUCAUAUGAAUUCAAUACAGUUAACCAAUAUAGAUAGUAGCUAAUUUCUAGUAAUACUAGUAAUAGAUGAGAAAGUUUAAUGGUACAUGAUAUUCAAGAAUUAAGGUAGAAAGGUGUAUACAAUACAUACAGUUACAAACGAUUAUAAACGGAACAUAUACGAGUCACAGAUUAGUAAAACAAACUUAAAUUCUUAAAAUUAACAUGACUAAACAACUCUUAUUGACAUGACCUGUUCGUUUUUGGAAAGUGCUUUGGCAAUUCUUUUUCCGCAAAAGUAAAGAAGCGAAUUUUCCUACGACAGUGUCAAACUUUAAAACCCACAACGGAUUUGUUUACGUUUUCCCCACCGUAAUACUACAAACACAGACAACUAUAAUCUAUAUUCAAAUUAAAGCUUAACCACCGAUACGGUAGGCUGAGCAUAGCAUAAGACAGAAUUUUCCCCUAAACCAAGCAUUCUGUUUAAAUGCGAAAAUAUUGGGUACUUUGCGGUAACAAAGCUGACAUUUUGAUUCAGAAACUUGCAGUGUUUAAUUCAGUUGUGAUAUUUUUGCAAGAAAGUAUGAAAUGCUGUUAGUAUUAGAACUGAAACGGUUAAUUGCAAACUCAAAGAAAAUAACAAUUAUUCAUGAAUUUACAUGUAAAAUAGUUGCAAAAUCAAUGUUUGUUACAGUUUGUGAUAAUAUAGGACGCUGUUGUGGGUUAAAACUUAUACUUCUGUUUAAAAGAUAAGGAUAUGAGAAAGGAAUGCGGCAGAAUUCGUCGAACAGUUCAAAGCGGUGGAACAUUUAAACCAAUUUGACGGUUGACGUGUUCGAAGCGGCGAAUGCAGUGAAGUGUACCAACGCAGCGUUCGAACAUGAAUACAAAUGAGUAAUAUAGUGACAAUUGUUACAAUUGCUUCAGUGACCGAAUUCAUUUCGAAACCAAUGAAAAAGAACCUAAUAAUCAGCUACAUUCUAGAACGAAAUUCAAUGUGACCAGUUAGCUUUCUUUUUAAUACUAUAGCGAGGGUUUUUAAAACUGAGAAGUUUUUGCGGUUAAAGUGGACAAUACAAUAGUCAAUAACCAUGGCAAACGCGAGUGGUUAUACACAUCACUAAAUUAUUGCAAGUUGAACAAAUUUUCCUGACUCACGGCAUAAUUAAACUAUAACGAGCUAAAUUAGCCUAAAUAAGAUCUGACAAGCAAGUCUAUAUACUGAUUACUUCAUGUAUAGGGUGUAUCAAAACACGCCUUUGAACAUAAUUUUUCAUAGACAUAUAGUCAUAAAGACGAUACUUUUGGCUAUUGAAUGACACUUUUUCACUCCGAUAAAAAUUGUUUGUCGAAAUCGCCCAUUUUCACCUCUUCCAAAAGGAAAAUUAAUUAAUCGUGGAUUUCUGUCCUGUUGCAGAGAAAACGAAUAAUCAAUUUGACAAGCUUUCCAGCUCUUUUUCUCGACAUUUUCAUUAUGAGAAGAGCUGGAUUAGUCUGUUGCUGAAAUUGAAAUAUCCGUGAUCAAUAGCUCUCAAACAUUCACUGAACCAUGCAUAUCGUAAAGCUAUAGCCUAUACCCUUGAGAAGCUAUGAAGUUCAUUCUUUAUUAUGCAAGACAAAGAAACCACAUGAUACCAGACUCUAAAAGACAACGGGGUGUUUUUAAUUUGCUACUUUGGAGACUAAAAAGUGGACUGUUCUAUAAUAAACUUUGUUUAAUUGGUAUAUUUACUAUACAAAGUCCACAAUGUUGAGAAAACAUUACAAAAUAUAUUUUGCAAAUUUGUAAGCAUGACUGCAAACUGUUGAUUUGAGGAAAAAAAGAACCGUCUAAUUUGAUCGCAAACAUAUAUGCCGCCCUAUUUUCGCAUAUAUUUCCCUAUAUGUUCGCCCUAAGGUCUGCCAUGGUGUCGGGAAAUUGGCCAUACACUGUAGUUUAAAUCUUUUUUCGGUACAGUACGUAUUUGGAACCUAAUGGGGAGACAUUCCACACGUGCAUUGGAUCAUAUUAUUUUCCUCACGAGAUAAAGAAUAUAAUAUAUAGACUCAUUACCAAUUUACUGUCCAUUGUGGCUGUCAAAAAGUUGGCAAAAAAAGAUAUUGUCGUUUGAUUGUAAAAUUAGACAAUAAAAGAGAAAAAAUAAAACGUCAUGACUUGACACUGUUCCUAUUCGGUUUGUAUAUCGACAGAACAAGACUUCUUUUCUGGAAACGAUCAUAUUGCCCUGUCUUAAGUGUAUUCAAUAUAAAUUUGGUUGAAAGCGAAGGUUACCUAAAAUACUUAAAAUUUUAGAGAACUGUAGGGAGCCACCUUAAGCUGGUUACAGACGAAUAAGUUUUCUAUGACUAUGAUAAACUAAGUGAUAAACUAAGUUCUCAUAUGAUAAACUAUGAUAAACUAAGUUCUCAUAUGACAAGUUUCAUUUGCUCGUCUGUUUUGGCAAUUUUUGCUCGUCCUUUUUGUGUGUGUUUUGAUGUUAUGUACUCAGGUGAAUAUAGACAAUAUUUAACAAAUAUAAAACAUUUUCCGUGUUGAUAUACAGUUAAAUCAACACGAGUGGAAUUGGGAAAACGAGAAAUUGUAUGGAAACACGACGCCGGAGUGUUUUCAUAUACAAUUUCGAGUUUUCCCAACUUCCACGAGUGUUGAUAUAACUAUAUAUCAAUACGGAAAAAAUGUUUUAUAUUUUUUUUAUAAUAUAGCAAUGUCAAAAACCCGAAGAAUAAGAAAAAUUUGCGUGUUUAAAGCGGCGAAAAAUUUCCCGUAUUGACAUUGAGUUAUAUCAACACGGCUCUUAGCCAAUCAGCGUUCAGAAUUUACAAAUGCUAUAUUAUAAAAUGUUUUUGAUGUUACUCUGACACUCAGAUCGAGUAACAUCAAAUGUAACAUCAAAAACACAAGUGUACUUGUCAUGGAAAAAAUUGCAACAAAGAAAAUUUGGCAAAGUAAUUUGAGCACUUGCAUGCAGUUGGUCUGCGACCUAUUGUUGUAAUAUCAUCUUUGGGGUAGAUCGUUAGAAAAGUGAGGAUGGUGGAUGUGGGAAGGGGUUGUGGUGUCACCGAGUGUACAUGUAAGGCAACAUCGCCACAAUGUAUCUAAAAUAUGUGCAAGGGUCUCAGGUUUUGCAUGACAAACGGCCGGAAAUUCAGUGUUUAAGAUUUGAAAGACUAGUCUUCACGCUUCAUCAGAGUACUUGCGUCUAUACAACGUCAAUGCAUGUUACACAUACCAAGUUACACACAUGACUGGAACAUGUGAAUAGGAUAUUGGAUACAGAUACAGUACAUAGCUUUAAAACCUAUUUCAGAAAAUUUCAUUUCUUGUAAAACUUUAAUUAAUCCAUGGUUUGUGACUUUUUAACCCAACUUGGUCUACACUUGUUAAAAGCUCACAAUUUGUCAACAAGAUGUGUUCGCAACAGGCUUGUCAACAAGUUGUAACAACGCUGUUAUUUUAUCAAGCUGCUACAAGAUUGUCACUCACAACUUGUUAACAAGAUGUGUUCGCAACAGGCUUGUAGCAAGCUUGUCAACAAGUUGUAACUGAUGUUGUUAUUUUAAUAAGUUGCUACAAGAUUGUCACUCACAACUUGUGGAUAAAUUGUUAAAUUGCAGGACGAUAACAGGUUGUUGGAUCAAAUUUGUGACAAGUCUGUUGAGCUCGACAACCUUGUUAUAGCAACCUUGUUGUCAACAAGUUGUUGGAACAGCAUUGCUACAAGUGAAAUCUGCUGCAAGUUUUUGUUACAACUUGUGCGUUUCUACGUGUGUAGCUCAUCGAUCGGGGAACGAACUUUUUAAAAUGAGUUUAGGGACUGGUCAUAAAGUAACUGCUAGGGUGGGCUGGAGGUAAAUCACAAAUUUUGCCAACAAGUUUGGUGAUCCAUCUUAGGAUGUAGAUAAAAAUUUCAAAGCCCAUCUAAUCUUACAAAAAAAAAUUUUAUAACCCAUCCAAUCUAAAUUGGGAAAAUACACUUUUAUAAUAAAAAACCCUGCAGGUAUGAACAUUGUAAAUAUACAUGGCACUGUAUGGACAUACAUAAUUCCAUCAAGACUGACCAACAUAUUGAUAUUGAGCUACUCCCCAAUUGAUUGUAUUUACUGUGAUUCGACCACUUCUUGUUGUUGUUGUUGUUGUAUAAACAAAGAACUGGCUCCAAUAGCAUCAUUUGCAUUUGAUAAUUUGGAUAGUUUUGCUUACUUUUAUUAUUAAUAUCUUUAUUUUUUGAAGUAGACAUGCAUGGGUUUUUGUUUGGUGGCCCAACCAUGGACAUACAAAAAAAUUGGCGGCCCAUCGAAACUACCCAAAGAUUUUCCAUGGCCCAUCCCAAAUCACUCCAGUUCACCCUAGCAGUUACUUUAUGACCGGUCCCUUAAAACAGUAAGAUCAGGCUCGGCAUUAAUUAGGUGUUUGUAUUAAGGUUCGACUCCGUGUUCAAUGCUAUCCGAGUUUCACGGUUGAAAAGCAUUUCAGUAGAAUUUAGUUGUCCAAAGUGCAGAGGGGCGGUGGUCGCCUCUGGCUCAUCGCAGUCUCUUUAGAGUGAAUGUGGUUUUCCUGUUUGCGGCAUUCGCUCUGCAUGACAGAAUUUUAUCUUUGUCUGGAAAGCAGUGGAGUAAAUCUAAUGGAAAAUUUCAAAAGACAGUCUCCCUCUGCGAAGAGAAUUAAAGUUCUUUAGCCACUUGUAUGGCCGCCAUCUUGUCGCCUUUGCUGUACAUAGAUAGACUGACACAUAUAAUUAUAGAUCGCAUUGAUAAUAUGGUUAAUUUUCAUGUUAACAACCUAAAUCUAACCCAUAAUUAGGCGCAACCCACUUCUGGCCAUCUGAAAAUUCGGGCUAGCCAACUGCCCAAACCAUCACAAAAUCCUUAAAAUCCUUAUUCUUAACCCCAAAUACGAACAGAUCCUGAAGACUGUGCAUCGAAGAUACAUUAUCAAAGUUUCUCUGAUCACAGUAUUGACAGUAGGAAUUUUGCACAGGUACAUUCAAAGUUUUGAAAGAUCACUCAAAACCACAAUAACUCGUAAGCGAUCAUGCGAGUUUGAUCAUGCAGUGAUGUACUUAAUUAACCGCCCACUCUUAAUUGGAAGUCAGCAAUUGUGCAACACGAUGGCGUAUAACAACGACAACAUCUGCAAAUUCAGCAAUAUAUAGUAUCAAGCAGAACUUCAAUAAAACUACACUCAACAACUGCAACAGUAGCUUGGCGCAGAUUCACGUCCACUUAUAUAUGUGGGAUAGAACGUUUAACUAGACUCACGAAGAUCGUACCAUCUGCGGAGUUCUGGAUGGUCUGGGUCAAGAAAGAGCGACAUAGUAACUUUAGUGCACAGUUUCGGUUAAGUCUUAGGAUGAGCAUUAAUAGGGAGCCGAAUCUGCAUGCUCGCCGUUCUGGUACGCUUUACAUCAUCUUUUCUUUAUAAAGUUUAUAGCGGCUUUUUAUCACGUAUGCGUGACUGGACGGUUGUUGUAGCACAGUACAGUAAAUUUGCUUGUUAAAGUACAGUAUAUUUGAAAAUAUGGUUGUAUAAGAACCUCGACAUGUUUACAUAUUUAACCAUGAUAUUUAACCCCUGCAGAUCCGCCCCUGAUUAUAUGACCAACAAAACUAGGUGGCAGCAUGUAGCACUAGCAAUUGAGCACCAUAUCUUCUUUUUUUUAACAGAUGGACAGAAAACGACGUGCCUCUACAGAGGUUCAAGAAUUAAUGAAUGCAGUCAAAAGCGAUUAUGAAUUCUUCGCAAGAUUUGACUCGCCUUUUCAGAACGCACCAUCGAUAAAACGUCAACGCAGCCUAAGUGACAAUGUUCUAGUCCAAUACGCUGUUGUCAGGCCAAAACCCCGAUAUCUGACUCAAGGGUUUCAUCUGUCUGAACCUUUGAAUGGAAAGCACUCGGAUAAAAAUAUUCGCUUCAAUGAACACAACUCAUUACCGGAGAUUAUUCACAUUGCGCCUGAAGACCAAAGACGAGAUCGAUCACGUGAACAGUCACAACAAUCACGUGAACAACUCGGGGACUCACGUGAACAACUCGGGGAUUCACGUGAACAACUCGAAAAGUCACGUGAACAACUCGGAAAAUCACGUGAACAACUCAGGAAAACACGUGAACAAGAAGUAACAUCACGUGACAAAGGCGAACAGUCACGUGAACGUUUAGCAUAUUCACCUGAUCAAAAUGAAAAGUCACGUAAACAAGAACAGCUAUUUCAGAAAAUAAUACCGGAUUUCUGGGCUAGCUAUGGUGAUGAGAAAUCGAUUCUCGACAGUCCAUUUACUUCCGAGAUUACCAGAAUCAGAAGUGAACCCAAAUCAAAGCAUGAUCCAAACCCAGGAAAUUUUAUUUGCCUUUCGUCUGAGCCAUUCAUGUCGCGAGGCGCGGACACCAUUGUUGCUAAGAAACGAAGAAUGGGACAGAAACUUUUGUCCCAAAAUCCAAAGCGUUUGCCGACAGUGGUCGAAAUUCCAGAUGAACCGCCACUUUUGAUACGGGUUGAUACGAACACUGCCCGAGAAGUUUCCGAAAAUGAAGCGAAAAACCACGGAUUAUCGCGAAAUACAAAAAUAAAAUUUUGCGGUUUUUCCGUGAACGAACCGUUGGUCUACGAUCCUCCUGCCAAAAUCCGACGAAUAAGUGAGGAAAGAGAACGGAAAAUAGCAAAAAGACCAAUAAACGUAGAGAAAAGAGCAAGUAGUAGCGACUCCGAAGAGGAACUUAUCAUCGUUGACUCAACACCAAGUCCAAUUUCCUGCCAAUUAUCUGACAGUCAGAGUCCAACCAAUCAAAAAGCUCCGGAUAAUCAUGUGACAAGUUCACAGACCAAUGAAAAGCCAGAAGAAAGCAAAGAGAUUUUACCGAUUGAACGAAAGAGCCCAGACGGGGGGAGUCCCAUCCACUUAAGUCUGACCGACCAAAUCUUUCCAGACUAUGUUAUUACUCGUGUCGGUAGCCUGUUAUGGCUGGAUAAGGAAGUUGUUUAUCCUAUAACUCUUGACGAGAUGAGACGACGCAUUCAAGACCCCGAAAAUUUCUCUUUUCAAAUGCUUAUCGCUUACGUCCGCCACUCCAGAGCGAAAGGAAGGCAGUUCCUAGAUUACUGGAAAUGCCAGCCAAGCGGGAGGACAUCUCGACCAAAUGUUCUGUCCAAGCUGUGCGAAGCAGAUGCCAAAGAAUUGGUCAAAGGUAUACAAAAUGUCAACGAAGAAUACUUUCCACAAGAGGCUUUGGCAAAGAAUGUAGCUGCCAACAUUUUCCAAGAGAAUGGAAACAGACUAACGGCAAAUGAGGCGGAAGGGAAGAAUGCUAAGGAAUUGGUUGUUGAAGAAAAAGUGAAGGCUAUUGAAAAGUCCAGGUGAGAUAUUUAACAUUGAUAUAAAGGACCCUCCAUAUGCAUGGGGUCUUUGAACAACCGGUCCCACUCUCUGCUCUUCUUCUUUAAGUAAUAUUUCAAAUCCGACUAUGAGGACUGAAGAGGACUGGACUAGAUUACAAGUCCGCGCAAUUUGAUCAAGACUGAGGCGAAGCAGAGGACUGGAUCAAAAUGCGAGAACUUAAAAUCUAGUCCAGUCCGAAUUGGAGGAUUUGAAAUGACAUCUCAUGCGAAUAAAUCACUAUUUAAUUCAUUUUGAUCCAGUCCAAGGACCGAAUUAACUUUGAUCUAGUCCUAGGACUAGAUCAAUGUAAUUCAUCAGGUAUCCAGUACUAUCAUGUGAGCAAAAUAAAGCAAUAUUGUUGGUUAAUUUACUCAUGAAUUAUUAAUGAGUGUGAGAUUAUAUGAUGAAACACACUCCAAACAUUACAGGUGAACUACGUGAAGCGUUCCUGGGACUUUUGAGUUUCUAAAUUGAUUGCAAUUUUCCUCAUUACUUUUGCAAUUUAAAAAACUCCCUUGCAAAUCCCUUGAGGAAAUUUGCAAUGUUGCUAAAAGCCAAUUAAAUUUUCCUCAGUUCCUGUUAGAAGUUCUUAACUUCCUGUUACAAGUUCCUAACUUCCUGUUCUGUUCUGGGCGUUGCAAUUGGGUAACAAAAAUAAUCGACCAAUAACAACGCUUAGAACAGAACAGGAAGUUAAAACAGGAAGUUAGGAAAAUUAAAACAGGAAGUUAAAGGAAAAUUAAAACAGAACAGGAAAUUAAAACAGGAAGUUCGGAAAAUUUAAAAUGAAAUUUGUUUGCAUUGGAAUAUUGCAACAGCCCAGCCUCGACCUAGGCCUUCUAUUUUUAUUAUUUUUUUAAUAUUCAGCGCUUUUUCACAUGAAAAGACUGGGACUAGGUGAUUUGGGGAGCCGAUAGGAACAUUGCAAGUUACCUCAAGGGAUUUGCAAAGAGUUUUUCAAAUUUGCAAAGCUAAUGAGGAAAAUUCCAAAUGAGUUACGAAGUCAAAAGAGGAAUAACCUGAAGUUCAGGCCCUAAUCACAGAAUAGGGCCUGACACAAAACCUAUCUAAAGUGUGAGAUUCCCGUCCACCUGGUGGACGGGAAAUCUGAUUGGUUGAUCAGCAUCAUGAAGGAUUUUGAUUGGUUGCAAGUUUACAUAAACAACAGUUUUAAAAAUAGCUCGGUCAAGGCGACAAUUAAUAUAAAGGUCAAACGCACGUACAAAUUCCAUUAUCGAUUUCUUCGAAUUUCUUUUUCUUUUAUGCUUUAUGGCAGAAAAUAAAUCAAACAAACAGUAUUUUGAAAGGGCUUUAUCAAAAUCUUGGACGAAUUUUGGACACACGACGCCGAAAGAACAGCCAAACUAGUCAUGUAUUCGAAAGCUUGUUGUUGACAGCCAAGAUGUUUUGCCAACUGGCUUCGCCGGCAAAAGUCUUAUUUUUAAUAUCAGGUCCUACCGGCGUUGUUUUCUGAGCUACAUCGCCUUCUUCGUGGUACGAUUGAGAAUUUCAUUGUUGCUGUUGUUAGCCCGUUUUAAUAAAGUAUAUCCCUAAUAUCCGCGUCCAGCAAGUUGAGACCUUGAGAAAGCUUGGCAGUCUAGCCGUGCACAGAACUGACUAAUUAAAUCUUUGUCUGAAUCUUAUUUAUAUAAGAGUACCUUGAAUUUUUAAGUUUAAUUAUAAAGCAAAAUGCACACUCUGCGGACAUGUUCAUGAGAAUAUAAUUUUUUUGUGUAACGAAAUCUAUAACACUUGUCAAUCAUAUUGCAUGUUGUGUCUAAAAAUAACAUGUGGGCGUCCCACGGUCUAGACAGGUUUUGUGUCAGGCCCUAUUUCAAAUUAGGGCCUGAACUUCAGGUUAAAAGAGGAACGCUUCACGUAGUUUACCUGUAAGAUCUUGUAAACUCAAGAUUCGAGCUAUUUAAAACAAGAUAACAAAAUUCAAGGUAAAAAUUGAAAUAGGUCUGACAAUGACUUUGAAAUAAAGUCGAAAUAUUACCUUGAAUUUUGUUAUCUUGUUUAAACCAGCUCCACAUGGCGUUUUUCAUAAAAAAAUCAUACACUCUAAAAACACGCUGGCUAAAAAGUUCCUGCAUGACAAUCUAAAAUUAAGGGGCGACGUCCAUAUUCAAGUUGCCACGCAAAACGUCAAAUUGACGUUUUUAUGACAACCCACCCACCCACCCUUGAAAACGUCAAGUGUGACGUAAUAUUUCAAAACUUAGAUUGGGUUUGAACGCUCCAAGUAUCAAAGUUUUAUAUAUACCUUUUAAUAUAUCCUCUGGGUUAAUAUUAUAAACGUGUAUAAAUAUGUAGGAAACAAGAAAGACAAACAUUCUACCACGUAAGUUCUUUUUUAAUAUGCAAUAUUGAUAAAAUAGUGUAAAUAUAUUAACUUUUCCAUCGCGUAUUGAUACUAUUUUAAUAAAUAUUGACGGUUAUUUUUAAUAUAUAUUCUACAUAAUUAAAUUAUAUAAUUAUAGCGUUGUAGUUUUGGAAAAUAUUCAUAUUGCCACGGUAAAAACGUCACAGCACUACAGUUUUAACCCACCCACCCACGCAAAACGUCAAUUUGACGUUUUGCGUGGCAACUUGAAUAUGGACGUCGCCCCUAACCUUGUUUGGGAUAACUGUUCCUCGGGCCGGUUGUAUCAAGCCCGUUUAGCUUAAACGGUGGAUAAGUCAAAAAUUAAAUAACACUCUUUUCCCUCUCGUGAAAUAUGUAGUUUUACACAUUAUCGUUCUAUUAAGGUUCAAAACUUUUAGUUUGGUUGUUGAAUGAAUCUAUAGACUUGCUUUCUAUUUUGAGCUUCAAACACUCAUUAAUAAUUCAUAAGCUUAUUGGCAAAUCAUGUCAACCAUAAUAUGUCACGUGCAGUGGCUUUAUACCCGAUAAACCACUCCUAAUUAGUAUUCUUUAUAUAAAGAAUACUAAUAAGGCAGUAUCUAUUGUCGUCGUGCCCUGAUUAGUAUUCUUUAUAUAAAGAAUACUAAUAAGGCAGUACAUGUAUGUCUAUUGAAUUUGUAGUCGUGUUUGAAGCCGUUUAAUAAACUGGCAGGUCGUUUAAUAAACUCGCGCUGCGCGCUCGUGGCUUUAAACCUAAUAAAACACUCCUGCGCAUGCUCGUUUAUUAAAGCAGGCUUGAUACAACCGGGCUUGAUACAACUGGCCCCUGGUUAAUUUAACCACAAUUCUAGUUAAUUUAAUCCCAGUCCUGGCUAACUUAACCAGGAUUCCUGGUUAAUGUAACCAGGCUAUAUCAACCAUUAACCAGAUUAUAAUCGACCUAACAUAAUCUGGCUAAUUCAACCAUAUAUAUAACCUGGUUAAAUUAAUUAGCCAGGAUUAUGAUCAAGUCAACCAGGACUGUGGUUAAAUUAAUCAGAAAAUUUAGUCGGAAACAUUAAGUUAUCCCAAACAGGGUUAAUUUUAGAUUAACCCGGAAAUUUUUAACCAGGUUGUUUUUAGAGUGUACUUAUUGCCAUACAACUCAUUCAGUUUUUCUUUUUUGACUACUUUUAGGUCUGUGUUCAAAAUACUACAGAAAACACUCGACGACACCCAGGACGAUGAAAGAUUCAGUACAUACAACGUGGCAUCUCACAAUUCUGGUGUGGAGAACAUUAAAAGCAGCCUUAAAUUUCUCGACAGCAUUUUUGGCCGAGUUCAAAGUCACGUGCAGGGAAAUCACAAGAAUCUACCAGCGCUGACCGCAUAACUGGAACGAUAAGAAGUUUAGGGUACAUAAACACAAUAAAAUUCGGAAUAUUGUACAAAAGAAAUGAAAACAUAAACUCUUAUGGGAGCUUCAGAGGUCAUCUAGAUUGUAUUUAAAACGGCAGAAUACGAACUUUCGCGUCUUAUAGAGCGUUUGCACAUGACGUCACAGCCGCCAUGUUGGUGUUCCAAUUCAAAAGAAUUUUAAUUAGACUCCUUUGUCUGGAACACCAACAUGGCCGCCAUGGCUUUUGUUGAGUUGGUCUCUGGCGAAUGAGUGCAAACGCUCUAUACAUAGAGACCUUAUGAAUUUAGGACGGCAACGCGACGACGACGGCCAAAACAAACUCCUUAUAUUACGUAUAUCAUCAAUUGUAUGACUUUAAUGCUGUCUUAGAAGUUGAAGACAUGGGUUUUAUGAUUGGGAAGAGUUCUCCUGAACCCAGUUUGAAGUUGCACUUGUUGCGGCUUGAAAUGCAGUCGUUGUAACAAGACGUGAAAAUCUGUGAUUUGGCGUUGUAAACAGAGCGAAGAACAAUGUCUAAAUUAUUCAUAUACUGUAAUUACUCAAUUCUUUUCAAUGAUUUAUUGUAUUGGGCGUCGUUGCCGUCGCGUUACCGACUUACCGUCCUAAAAUCGUAAGGUCUCUAAUACAUGUACGGAACGACCUCACUGAUCUCGAAAUGAGCUGGACUGUGUAUUCAUUAUGUAAAACAUGAAGCUCGAGCUAAUCAGCCAUUGUAAAAGACACACUUAGAGUCUAACGAGUUAUGAAUGAUAGAAAUGGAUUGCUAUAUGUACAGAUGUUUUACACAUCAAAUUUAUAUAGAGUAAACUGUAUAGAUUGAUUUAGAUUGUAUAAUUGUAUAGAUUGAUUUAGAUUGCUCUGAAGAUGUUGUAUUACGUAAACAACGAAACGUUAGCUAUUAAACGUUAGCUCUACUGUUUGGUUUUAAAGUUAUUUGCUGGGCUCUGCUUUUUGUCUAAUUGUCUUUAAAUUAAGAUUUCGCUCUGCUGCAUCAAUUGCC